GUGCUUUUCCUUGGACGACCGAGAACAAACCGCAGACAGCCUCCUGGAAUGUCUACUUGGAUCCCAUUGCUGCUGCUCAAGUGUAUGGCUAUGGUUUCCCCCUUGUGUUGCUAGCGGACAACGCUUGCGACACCUUGGUCGUGGACCCGAGCGAUCCUGAAAAGUUUCUGAGUUGUCGGGACAGCCACCUGGACAUUUAUACUAGUAGCAAUGACGCUAUUAGGUGGAGGCCAUCGCUAUUAGGUUGGAGACCAUCGCUACUAGGAACAAGAAGUUACUAG